CAGCUGCUUAUAGCAAGUGUAUAAAAGUGUUUUAUAUUUUUAAUUAAACUAUUUCAUAUUUGAUUUAGUUUAUAUUUAACUUAUUUUAAUGUUAUUUGUCAAAAUAACCGAAAAUUAUUAAAAGGAUACUUGAAAUUAGAAGGAACGUAACAAAUAUUUGCUGCCAACCAUCAUAUACAGCUGUUCGAAAGUAGCACCCACCACCACAACGCAUUGAAAGUAAGCACGCAAGCAACUUCCCAAAUUUGAUAUAAUAUCAAACAUGUCGAAUGGCAAUCGAGGUCCCGGUCCCAUACCAAAUCGCUGGCUGUAUUGUCCACGCAAGAGUGAUACGAUUAUAGCGGAGAAAUUUCUAGCAUUUAAGACCCCCUUGAGUGAUGCCUUCACAAGUCAAAUGCCCAUGGAUUGUAUUUUCCUACCAGACAUGAUAUUCGGCUAUUGCAAAACAAUGAAAUUAAAAUUGGGCCUGUGGAUCGAUUUGACUAAUACAAAACGUUUUUACGAUCGCGCUGUGGUGGAUGCUCAAGGGGCACAAUAUGUUAAGUUGCAAUGUAGGGGCCACGGAGAGACGCCGUCGCCCGAACAGACACAAGCCUUUAUAGAGAUUGUAGAUAAUUUUAUAGACGAAAGGCCUUUUGAUAUUAUUGGGGUACAUUGUACGCAUGGAUUUAAUCGUACUGGUUUUCUGAUUGCUUCGUAUUUGGUUGAGCGUUUGGAUUGUUCAGUUGAGGCUGCCCUGUCCAUGUUUGCCACUGCUAGAGCUCCGGGCAUAUAUAAACAGGAUUAUAUCAAUGAACUAUAUCGCCGUUAUGAAGACGCAGAAGAUGCCACUCCGGCACCUGUACUACCCGAAUGGUGUUUGGAAUUUGAUGACUCCGGCCAUGGCGGUGGUGGUGGUGGACGUGGGCAAAAGCGCAAACAUGAGGAAUCUGCGCACUCUUCCAAUUCUCAACAAGCCUUAGCCGCUCGCCAACAACAUUCCAAUGGUAGUUUAGGUCUAAUAGAGUCCUUGGAUGACGAUGACAAAGCCGAGGAGGCUGAUGGCAAUGAAAAUCAGACGGCGGCUAAUGGUGAGGAUAAACCACGCAAAAAGAGGCGACGUGAGAUGAUUGUGAAAAACGCCACAUUCAUGGAAGGUGUGCCGGGUGUGGUUUGGAUACAGGAUCAACCACGCCUGGGCGAAUUGCAACAAAAGGUCCAGGAUAUGUGUGGCUGGAAAAAGAAUGGUUUUCCUGGUGCCCAGCCGGUGUCUAUGGAUCGUCAGAAUAUAAAACGUUUACACGAAAUACCGUAUCGUGUAUCAUGGAAGGCUGACGGCACAAGAUAUAUGAUGUUGAUCAAUAAACGUGAUGAAAUUUAUUUCUUCGAUCGCAAUAACUCGUGCUUCCAAGUUGAGAAUUUAAGUUUUGUCAAGUCUUCAAAUCUAAAUGAACACUUAGAGGACACGCUCAUCGAUGGUGAAAUGGUUUUGGACAAAUAUCAGGGAGAAAUAAUGCCUCGUUACCUCAUUUACGACAUCAUCAAAUUCUCCAAUCAUGAUAUAGGCAAAGAGCCAUUCUUUCCCAAUCGCUUGAAAUGCAUCAAAAGAGAACUUGUUGAGCCACGCAUCAAAGCCAUCGAAAAGGGCAUUAUACACCGACCCUCGGAGCCAUUUAGCAUACGCAACAAAGAAUUUUGGGACAUUAGACAGUCAGCAUCAUUGUUGGGCGAAAAGUUUGCAAAAUCGUUGCUACACGAACCCGAUGGUUUGAUAUUUCAACCUUCAGAACAACCGUACACGGCAGGCGUAUGUUCAGAUGUAUUCAAAUGGAAACCGAUGGACAUGAACUCCGUGGAUUUCCGCAUGAAAAUACAUAUACAAGAGGGUUUGGGGAUUGUGAAGAGCAAAGUGAUUCUAUUGUUCGUGGGAGGACAUGAAUUACCAUUUGCUCAAAUGAAUUAUAGUAAAGCUCUUAAGGAUUUAGACAACAAGAUUAUAGAGUGUACGGUAAAUGAAAAGGGACAAUGGGAGUUUAUGCGUGAAAGAACCGAUAAGACUUUACCCAACAGCUACAACACUGCCGUAUCUGUCAUUGAGAGUAUACGCCAUCCUGUUACAAAGGAGAUUCUUUUAAAUUAUAUAGCCAAUUAUGGCUAUCGCAAUGACAAUGAUAUGAUGCCACCGCCACGUAAUAUGCAGCAACAACAACAACAGCAGCAACAACAGCAUCAUCAACAGCAAAAUUCUCAGCAGCAACAACAACAACAGCAUCCUCAUCAUCACCAACACCAACAGCAGUCCAGACCUCCUUCUCAAUAAAUGUUAGAUGCAGUUACUAGAGUUGUGUUGUUCAUGAACAAAAUCGUUUAUUUUAACGAUCGAGAAAACAUGGUAGUGACAUUUAGAUGACAGUUAGUAAGUACACCAGCUAAUAAGCGAUACACCAAAACAGAAUACUUGUUGUUUUUGUUGUAUCCGUUAUGCAGUUGUCGCAGAAGAGCCGCUCAUGAGAGACUCAACUCUUGUAGUAACAUAAACAUGUCAAUGACUCGACUCAUUCAUUCAAACAAACAAAUUCUGACGGCCCAACACAGGCAGACACAAUUUUAACUAGUUAUUAAAAUGAACAUGUUUUUUUAAUUAAAUUAAUUAAUACUACUACUUUGUUUAAGUUAGGUACUUACUUUGCCCUUUAUUUUAUUUUUUUUUUUUUGAUUAUGUGUGACGAAACAAACAAAAUUAAUGAAAUAUAUUUGUUUUGGUUUUCAAACUUAAAGACAACAUGAA